AUUGGAACAUUACAGACUAAGAAUCGGAACAAUUGAGUGUUUGGUAAUUGGACACUAGGAUCAAGGAAUCCCAUAUCGGUAACAAUUUCAAUGCAUUUGCGAAGUCACAUUGUAACUGUAAGUACUGUCUGAGAUCGUUGCGUCCGUUUCUUCGUUUAUAUCAGGCCCUAUUUUCCGAUGAGAUUAUUUUUUUUGUUGCGUGUAUGAGGUCUGUCGGGAGAUUAAAAUAUAAGAGAAAUGCAGGGAUUUGUGAGGCUACAUUUGCACUGAUGAACCGCUCUUGUUCUACUACGCUUUACUCGGUCGUUUAUGGAACCAUGGAGUGAAAUGUCGCUUUAGAAAGCGCGAGGAACAAGACUAAUUCUACUCCGAGACCUCUGGAUCUAAACCCGCCACACCGACUGCUUUAAAUCCCAGCCGGCGUGUUAACGACUUUUACAUCUCAGACGUGGGAUACCUUUACUGUGUUGGCCAAGGCAGGGAACCUCACGAGCCCCUGCCGCUACUCUCGCAGGGGAAAGAGCUAAUAAAAAGCAUUCGGGCACCUCUAACCGGGCGCAGUUUAGCAUUUGAAUACAGCUUGGCUGUAUGAGCGAGGGAGCGAGAGGGGCAGAGAGCGUAGGAUAUCUGAUUUGUUUUUACUUGGUCGAGGGAGUGAAAUGAUAAAACCAGCUAGAAGGGGGAGAAAACGCAUUUAAAAUCGCCCACAUGCUCUGGAUCAAUCGCUGGAUUGGGGCACGGAAUACGAAGAAGGGGGAAGACGCGAGUUUGAAAUCUUUGCGGGCUGGAAGAUGGCAGAGGGGUGCAGUUGGAAGUGGUGAGAGCCUAACUUCUGGCCACUUCGAAUUUAUUUGUAACCAACUUGCCCCUAUUCGUAGGACACAUGCAGGCCAAAAAACGAUAUUUAAUCCUGCUCUCUGCCGGUACAUGUCUAGUUCUACUGUUCUACUUUGGAGGUGUACCACUUCCAUCUUCGGGCAGGAACCGGCAUGACCGUAGCCACAAUGGAUAUCGCCCCGACCAGCCGUGGCCACACUUCUCGGACCCUUUACAACAAUUCCUACUCUGGGAUCAACCGGACACCGAGGAAUACAACAUUCACAUAUCGCCAAGGCAAAAGAGGGACGUUAACACAAGUGUGUACAAAGGCAAAAGAUGUCGCAUGGAUUCGUGCUUUGAUUUCUCAGCAUGCAAAAGGAACGAUUUCAAAGUGUAUGUCUACCCCCAGCAGAAAGGGGAGAAAAUCUCUGAAAGUUACCAGAAUAUUUUGUCGAUUGUUGAGGGAUCCAGGUUCUACACCACUGACCCGGGUCAAGCUUGUCUAUUCAUCCUGAGCUUGGACACCCUGGACCGGGACUCGCUGUCUCCGCAGUACGUGCACAAUCUCAAAACCAAGGUCCAGAACCUUCAUCUCUGGAACAAUGGCAGAAACCACCUCAUAUUUAACUUGUACUCUGGGACAUGGCCGGACUACACGGAAGACCUAGGUUUCGACAUAGGCCAGGCCAUGUUGGCCAAGGCCAGCAUCAGUACCGAGAUCUUCAGGCCCAACUUUGACGUGUCCAUCCCGCUGUUCUCCAAGGAGCACCCUAGGACCGGAGGGGACAGGGGGUACCUAAAGUACAACUCCAUCCCACCUUUCAGGAAAUACAUGCUCGUGUUUAAGGGGAAGCGAUACCUUACAGGGAUAGGGUCAGACACGAGGAAUGCCUUAUAUCAUGUCCAUAACCAGGAGGACGUGGUGCUCCUCACCACCUGCAAACACGGCAAGGAUUGGCAGAAACACAAGGACGCACGCUGUGAAAAGGACAACGCAGAAUAUGACAAAUACGACUACAGAGAGAUGCUACACAACUCUACUUUCUGCCUGGUGCCCCGGGGCAGACGCCUGGGAUCCUUUCGCUUCCUGGAGGCGCUGCAAGCAGCCUGUGUGCCUGUGAUGCUGAGUAACGGCUGGGAGCUGCCCUUCUCUGAGAUCAUCAACUGGAACACGGCGGCCGUCAUCGGGGACGAGAGGCUCCUGCUGCAGAUCCCAUCCACGGUGCGUUCCAUCCAUCAGGAUAAGAUCCUAGCUCUGAGGCAGCAGACCCAGUUCCUUUGGGAGGCCUACUUCUCCUCUGUGGAGAAGAUUGUGCUGACCACUCUGGAGAUCAUCCAGGACCGGGUGCUGCAGCAGGAGUCCAGGAGCACCUUGAUGUGGAACAGCCACCCCGGGGGGCUCUUUGCCCUGCCACAGUACUCUGCCCACCUGGGAGACUUCCCCUUCUACUACGCCACCCUAGGUAUAAAACCGUACCCCAAGUUCACAGCAGUCAUCCAUGCAGUCACCCCCCUGGUCUCCCAAUCCCAGCCCAUCCUCAAGCUGCUGGUGUCUGUUGCCAAAUCACAGUACUGUGCACAGAUCAUUGUGCUGUGGAACUGUGACAAGCCUCUCCCUGCUAAGCACCGCUGGCCUGCCACCUCCGUGCCCGUCAUUGUCAUCGAGGGAGAAAACAAGGUGAUGAGCAGUCGCUUCCUGCCCUACGAGACCAUUGUCACCGACGCUGUGCUCAGUCUGGAUGAGGAUACGGUGCUCUCGACCACAGAGGUGGACUUUGCCUUCACGGUGUGGCAGAGCUUUCCAGAGAGGUUGGUGGGCUACCCGGCCCGGAGCCACUUCUGGGACAGUAACAAGGAGCGCUGGGGCUACACUUCCAAGUGGACCAACGACUACUCCAUGGUGCUGACCGGAGCUGCCAUCUACCACAGAUAUUACCACUUCCUUUACACAAACUUCCUGCCUGUCAGCCUGAAGGGCAUGGUGGACCAGCUGGCCAACUGUGAGGACAUCCUCAUGAACUUCCUGGUGUCCGCCGUCACCAAGCUGCCGCCCAUCAAGGUCACCCAGAAGAAGCAGUACAAAGAGACCAUGAUGGGACAGUCGUCGCGGGCUUCGCGCUGGGCCGACCCGGACCACUUCGCCCAGCGGCAGACGUGCAUGAACAAGUUCGCCAGCUGGUUUGGCGGCAUGCCCCUGGUCCACUCCCAAAUGAGGCUGGACCCGGUGCUGUUCAAGGACCAGGUCUCCAUCCUGCGCAAGAAAUACAGGGACAUCGAGAGGCUCUGACAGGAUGUGCACCCCCUGCCAGAGAGGCCGGGGGAGGCGGUAGCCGAAGGAGGACCACGACAGUGGCAGUAGGACAGUCAGCCACCUGGAGCCCAAUCUAAGGCGGCGCUACAGCUCUGUCUUCCACUCAGCACAUUGCCAAUGACUACAGCAGCGCCAGGACUUGACGAGCGAAAUGAUGUCUGGAGAACUAUGUGUAUACACACACAGAAUAUACAGAUCUGUAGUACGUUCACAUAAACACACACAGACACUACUGACGAGACUCUUGGGUAGAAUAUUUUUUUUGUAUGAAUGCCACGAAGGAGCGGAUUACGACAGACUUUCCUGCGACUCUCUGCACAUGUGCAGGAUGGUAGAGGAAGGGAGGUGUCCAACAUGGCAACCCAAUCUCAGAUCAGAUCCGCCCCGGGCUGGUAACCUAGAGUCAAUGCAACCCCACCGUGACUCCUUCAUGACCUCCCCAUGUCUGCAUCAGGACCACUGAGACACUCACCACCGGCCCCUGCUCUGGACCCUAGGAAACCAGGUUCCUCCAUUACUUUCCUAACCAUACUUCCCUCCCAUAUGUACACUGGUUUGAAGCCUUGGGGUCUUAUCUUCCUAAGAACUGUCCCCUGAUUAAAUUAAAUUCAACAUUUGGUAGUAAAGGUCGAGAAAAGUUGAGUCAAAGCCCCCCUUAUAUUUAUGUUAUUCUUUUACUGGAAGGGUGGUUUAAAAGCCACCGUUUUCAAAUGGUGCCACUCAUAUUGCCAUGAGGCAGUCGCAAAACCCACAGGAACACCCACUCUAUGCUCAGUCUUUGAUUUUCUGAUAGUUAGAUUUUUAUUUCUGUCUGUUUCUCUGAUUUAUCACAACGAUAAGCCAGAAGCAUGUCACAUUUUAGAUGUACCCUUUUUCCUUCAAAACUCUCAACUCUCAAAAGCAGUUCUACUUUUCUCCUCGUCUUUCCCCUCAGAAGCUCCGUACCAGUGUGUGUACAGAGGUUGAAUGUAGGCUCAUCCCCACCAAAAGCCCAAGCGGAGCACUUUCCCUCUGUCGGAAUGAGCAACAUGAACAUUCCUGGAUGAAAUGGAGCAGAACACUGCCUUCUAAAGCAAACCCUUUUCACCCAUUUCUUUAUUUCCCCUUUAUUGUUUGAGCAAUCCCGUGGCAGGAGUGCAUGCUAAAUUUAGACCCUGCUUCAUUUCCACAGGGGUGUUACAGAUUUCAGUGACUAGUCUGUUGUGCCAUGUCCCCGAAAUUCACAUUAGGGCUGCCUUUUUAAAAUUGCUUAUUGCACAUAUUUUCCAUAAAUCGAUAUCGAAAGCAGGAGAACAUGCGAUCUGGUCAAAAUGCCCUCUGUAAUAUUCGCUGUUCUUCCUAGAUGCCCUCAUCAUAAUGAUGUUGGUGAAAUACACGCCUCAAAGCCAUUCGAUAGACGUAGGCAUUUCCUACACCAUUUGUCAGAGGACAUAUGUUUUGUGUUUAAUUAGAGAAAGACAUUUCAUUUGAAGUGUUGGUUUCCCUGGGGAGCA